AUGGAGCCGCCUCGCCUGCGUACAUAUACGGCCGAGGGCACCACGCCCUUCCCGAGCCUUCCCACGGAUGCAAACGCAAACGCAAACUCGAACUCGACCUGGAACUGGAACUGGAACGCGCAAAAUCGUCGUGCAUCGGUCAAGUCGCUCGACGAAAACGAAAAGUUCACGGCGCACUGCAACAACGCGCUGGCCAAGAUCCGUCUGGGCUACAUCCGUCUGCUGGCCCGUGACAAGCUCGAGACCAACACAAGCCGUGACGUUGUCCGCCGCCGCAACUCCAAGGUCACGCCCGUCCACCAGUUUGGCAAGCCUGCUCAGUUCACGAAGCGCACCGUCACCCGCACGGUCUCUUUCAGCAACUAA